AUGCACCUCACACACCCCCUAACCCUCCUCCUCCCCAUCCUUCUCUCCCACCAAGUACAAGCCCAAUCCACAUCCACAGGCUCAACAACCCGCUACUGGGACUGCUGCAAACCCUCCUGCGCCUGGCCCGGCAAGAUCCCCUCCUCCUCCCUCGCCGCCGGCCCCGUAACGACCUGCGACCGCAACGACAACCCCCUCUCGGACGGCGGCGCCACGCGCAGCGGGUGCGACUCGGGCGGCGGAGCCUACAUGUGCAGCGCCCAGUCCCCCUGGGCCGUCUCGGACGACCUGGCCUACGGCUUCGCCGCCGUGCGGAUCUCGGGCGGGACGGAGGCGCAGUGGUGCUGUGCGUGCUACGAGCUGACCUUCACGAGCGGCGCGGUGGCGGGGAAGAGGAUGGUUGUGCAGGCUACGAAUACGGGGGGGGAUUUGGGGCAGAAUCAUUUUGAUAUUGCGAUCCCCGGCGGCGGCGUGGGCCAAUUCAACGCCUGCACGGAUCAGUACGGAGCGCCGGCCAACGGGUGGGGCCAGCGGUACGGCGGCGUCAGCUCCCGCGCCGAGUGCGACGGGUUCCCCGCGAAGCUCAAGGCCGGGUGCUACUGGCGCUUCGACUGGUUCAAGGGCGCCGAUAACCCGAGCGUCUCCUUCCGCCAGGUGACUUGUCCGGCGGAGAUUACCAAUAAGAGCGGCUGUAGGCGCCAGUGA